AUAGCCUAUUGAAAUAAUAAUCAUCAACAUAAAGGCAAAAUUCUCCUUCACAUAUUUAACUGUCUUUCCACUGUGCAAGAAUAACGAUAUUUUAGGAGGGUGCUUUCAGGCGCUAAUGGGUGCAACCUGUUACCUUAUUAAGGGGCUGUGACGUCACGGAGGUCCCAUGCUGUACAGGUGACGUUUGUGUCGCCCCCUGCUGGUGACUGAAGCACAGUGGAGGAGAGCGGCCGAGGCGCACCAGAGAGAGGAAUGUCUCCUCCUGUUGCUGCUGUUUCGCAGGUUUCUCCACUGACCUUUCGGACCGCACACAUGAAGAAGACCGGGGGCAGCUCUGCGUCUCUGCCCGAUUUGACUGACUCGGACCCGGGGAAGUUUCGUGUAGAACACCGCUAGAUCUCAACGGAACGACCAGGACUGUCUUUGCGAAGAUUUUAACACAACUUGGGAAAGAACAAGUCACUGUUGCUGGAGGCAUUGGUGGUGGUUUGAUUUGAGCGAAACUGCGUUUGGAGGGAAAGUAACUAACAAGCGUGAGAAAGCGAGUACCAUAUGUUUGUGGAGAAUAUGUUGCCGACUGAGACAUGAGAUCGGCUGCAGGGAGGCACCGGCGGCCCUUCCAGCGGUUGUGCUGCUGCGGAGUCGGGCUGCUCGCCGUUAUUUGGCUCGCACAGCUUCAGGUCCUCCGGGGGCCAGAGAGCAGAGAGAGAGCGGAGCAGCACUGGAGUCGAAAGCUGCUACAAUCAGAGGAGAGCCUGAACCAGAGCGAGGCUGAGCCACGAGCAGCCAUCCAUGAGUUUCCAGAGGACAUCUUCACAAAAGAACAGCGGAAGAAUGGGGCUGUGUGCCUGCAUGCUCUAUGUGCCAUCUACAUGUUUUAUGCCCUGGCCAUUGUUUGCGAUGAUUACUUCGUCCCUUCCCUUGAGAAAAUAUCUGAGAACCUGCAGCUCAGUGAAGAUGUUGCUGGGGCCACAUUUAUGGCAGCAGGGAGUUCAGCCCCAGAGCUUUUUACUUCUCUGAUUGGUGUGUUCAUCACAAAGGGGGAUGUGGGAGUGGGCACUAUCGUUGGCUCAGCUGUCUUCAACAUCCUUGUCAUCAUCGGCCUCAGCGGGAUCUUCGCAGGACAGACUGUGGUUCUAACUUGGUGGUCUCUGUUUCGAGAUUCAAUGUACUACAUCCUGUCUGUGCUCACGCUCAUCCUGGUCAUCUAUGACGACAGAGUGGUCUGGUGGGAGUCUAUUCUGCUCAUGACAUUGUAUGGAAUCUACAUAAUAAUCAUGAAAUUUAAUUCCCCGAUCUCAGCAUUUGUUAUGCGCCGGUGCCAAAACACAGUGCCGUGCUGCUCCAGGUCUGAACAGACACGAGAUGACAAGAUGGUGGAUGAGGCAGCUGCUAUCAACACGUCCAUUGUGCUUCUGAAUAAAGCUCAAAGUCAUGGAGCAGAGCCUGGCCCUGUGGUCAUGGUGGAUGAGUUGCUCAUCCUGAACCCUCACAAACUGUCCUUCUCUGAGGCCGGCUUGCGCAUUAUGAUCACUCCGCACUUCUCCCCUCGCACUCGACUCACUAUGGCAGGACGCAUGCUCAUCAGUGAAAGACAGAGGCUGAUUCGGAACUCCAAGAGCCAGAGGGAUGAAGCUGGACCAGGGUCCAGACGAACAUCCAGCUGCAGCAGUGUAAAGAGGACCGCCUCCUACAGUCUGGAGAAUGGAGGGGGGCGCUCCCAAGUCGGAGACACAGAGUCUGGAGGGAAACAGGGGGCAGAGGGAGGUCACCCUGAGGAAGAGGAGGAUGAUGGGAUCUUCAGUCCUUGGCAUAUUCCAGGAGGCUGCGGUGCAAGAGUGAAGUGGGUGACCACGUGGCCUCUGGGUGUUCUGCUCUACUGCACUGUGCCCAACUGCCUUCAGCCACGAUGGCACCGAUGGUUCAUGGUCACCUUUGUAGCCUCCACUUUGUGGAUUGCAGUGUUCUCCUACCUCAUGGUGUGGAUGGUCACUAUCAUCAGCUCCACACUGGACAUCCCAGACUACAUUAUGGGCAUCACGUUCCUGGCAGCAGGGACCAGUGUGCCGGACUGCAUGGCCAGUUUGAUUGUGGCACGACAAGGGAUGGGGGACAUGGCUGUGUCCAACUCCAUCGGCAGUAACAUCUUUGACAUCCUGUUGGGGCUGGGCUUCCCCUGGGCACUGCGCACCCUGGUGGUGGACCAUGGAUCAGUGGUUCAUAUCAAUAAUAAAGGACUGGUCUAUUCAGUCAUCUUGCUGUUGGCCUCUGUAUUACUGACAGUAAUGAGUGUACAUCUAAACCACUGGAAGCUGGACCGCCGCCUGGGCUUUGGUCUAAUGUUCCUCUAUGCCGUCUUCUUACUCUGCUCCAUCCUCUUUGGACAGAUGUGAGACCUCCGGGUCAGGGCUCAUCCAAGCCAAGUACCACCCUCACCACGAUGCUGUUUCCUGAAGCCAAAUAAGGCAGGGCUGUUCUGUAUCUGCUAUCAAGCAUUCUCUGACAGUGGGGGAACGUGGACCACUACACGACCAAACCAAAAGUGUGAAGGGCACAGAAAGAAGCACACAGCUAACUAUCUCUGCCAGUGAAUAUUUUGUCCUUUCUUGGUUUUUGUUUUCUAGGAGAAGCAAUAAAUUGCUUGAGCUCGAGUUGAGCUUUAGUAUAACAAUACCAUAAGAUAACAUCCAAAAACAUGACAUGAUAUUCAGUGCCACUUAAUGGUUUGAAUUCUUUUUCUUCUGCACUUUAAAAAGUGUAGUUUAAAGGCUAUUUAUUUAUUUAAGAAUAAUAUUAAAGAAUAAUCUUUGGUGAGUUUGAUACCACUUUAAAACACAAAGCCCUGUUUGAAUGUUUAGUAGAUUGACUUAAGUCAUAUUUGAAUCCAUUAGUUGAAACACAUUACUGUGUUGGCGUUAGCCUCUACUACUGUGCUUGUAUUUGAAUGUAACUUAACUGUGGUUGUUGUGGGUAUUUUUGGUAUUUUAAAUGUACAGCAGGGAGCAAUGACAUACCAAGCACAGAUAGGGAUUCACUCCAAUUUUGAGUAGUGGAGGGCACAGUGUGCCCCAGUUUUGCAUAAAAUUAAUUAAAAACAACUGUGGAUCCACUAACAAACAAAAUAAUAUUUUGAAGUGAAUGCCGUUUUCAAAAAGUCUUACAACUUUAAAUCGUAUUACUUAGACUUAGAAUAAUUACUUAAAUAUUACUAUUGUUUGUUGUGGAGUUGUUGAAGGUUGAAUUUGCACUUUGGUGAAAUGUUUUAUCACAAAGCUUCAGGACAAAAGAAGCCACGGGCUGCAUACAAUCUGCAAUAAUAAUACCACAUUUAACUGUAGUGUACACUGUACAUGUGUUAUAUGACAGAAUGAUGCUGCAAACUGCUGCUCUUUAGCUCAGUGGAGAACACACUACAAACAGGGGGCUUUUGAAGCAUGUUUAAGGACGUCUUGGUGCCACUACUAUUAAUAACGUUCAAGAUAGAAAAAAAUAUUUUUAUGGCUAUUGUUUUAGAUACAUGUAUUUGUAUUGAUUAGAUUUUACAAACUAUGAAUGUUUGAGAAAGUUGCAGUUUAACAGAUCUAGAUCAGAGAGCCUAGAGUUAUUUUGUGAAUUGUUGGGUGAAUGGAUUUGAACACAUUUGUUGAGCUGAGUUUGUUCAGUAUUAUAUUAGUGACACACAAACACACACACAUUACAAUUAAUCCUGUUUACAACACAACACUUUAAUGUAUUGUAGGUAAAUAUGUUCAGUAGCGACUGUAGCCUUGUACAACUAAAAGUGCAAAUUUCUACUUGUACAUUUGAUUUAUUUAUGGGGUUAAAUACAAUUGCUCAAGUAUAUUAAAGCUUGAGGAAACAGUUGUUAUAAUCUUAUGGUCAUAGUUUAUCCACUUAUUGUAAUACCAAAAUCCCACUAGAUUAAAGUGUGGCACGUAAACAUUUGUGUGGGGAUCAGUGAUAAAUCCACAAGUGAAAGACUUUAAUACUAAAUAUGUUGUUUAAGACCAGUCAUGGCACAUUUUUACAUUGUUUUUUUUUUUUUUUAUGUCAAGUUAACUGUUUUGUUUUAUUUCAUUUUUUUAAAUCUUGUGAAUUAACAGCACGCUUCCUCAUAUAUAUAUAUCUAGUGCUGUAAUGUUAAACUGAUUGCUUUAGAGAUUGCUUGAAUCAUAGAGGACUGUUGUAUUUUGAGUGCAAUAAA